AUGGGAGCGGCACGCGUCAAGCGCCGCUUCAGUGCUGUGGUGGACGGGCCGGUGGAGGAGGAGGAGGUCAUGAGGCUGGCACAGAGUGCUGCGGACACGGCCAGGGCUGGGGGGAGCCCGGUGAGUACCCCUACCAGCCCUUCUCCCACCCACGCCCAUAACGGCAAAGCCCUGGCCCUGCACGACAACAGCAACAGUGCGCGGAGGCAGAGUACCAUGGCAGAGUCCCCCGUGGGGGACGGGGGUGGAGGAGGAGAGGGCGGGGUGAGAGGAGGAGGAGGAGUGUGUAUAGGGUUAAGCAGCGGGAGAGGCGGCGGUGUAGGAGGAGGAGGGGAGGGCCGCUCGUCCUCGGACCAGGAUUCGCUGUCGUCCCCCUCCGCCGCCAGCCGCCGCCCCACCCGCCGCCGCUCCAGCCGCCGGCCCCGGCAGCGCUUUGUGGGCAAGGACGGGCGCUGCAACGUCACCUUUGUCAACAUGAGCGAGAGGGGCCAGCGGUACCUCAGUGACCUCUUCACCACCUGUGUGGACAUCCGCUGGCGUUGGAUGCUGGUCAUCUUCACCCUCUCCUUCCUCCUCUCCUGGCUGCUCUUUGGAUUUGCCUUCUGGCUUAUCGCCUCCGCGCACGGAGACCUCUCCAUCCGCCUCACCCCCAGCUCGAGUGCCUCUCUGGGGAUGGGGGAGUCUGGAGCUGGCGGGGAGUCUGUUGACUCAGAGGCGGGGGUCGAGGAACCAUGUUUCCUCCAGGUGAACAGUUUCAUGGCAGCCUUCCUCUUUUCCCUGGAGACGCAGACGUCCAUCGGUUACGGGUUCCGCAGCGUAACCGAGGAGUGCCCCCUGGCGGUGCUGGCGGUCGUCUUGCAGUGCAUUGUGGGCUGCAUCAUCGACGCCUUCAUCAUCGGGGCGGUCAUGGCAAAGAUCGCCAAGCCCAAGAAGCGCAACGAAACGCUGGUGUUCUCCAACACGGCUGUGGUGGCGCUGAGGGACGGAAAGCUCUGCAUGAUGUGGAGGGUUGGAAACCUACGCAAGAGCCACCUGGUAGAGGCGCACGUACGAGCACAGCUACUGAAGCCAAGGGUGACCCCGGAGGGAGAGUUCCUCCCACUGGACAACAUGGACAUUAACGUGGGCUUCGACACUGGCACAGACCGCAUCUUUCUGGUCUCACCGGUGACCAUCGUCCACGAGAUUGACGACGAGUCGCCCUUCUUCGAGAUGGACCGCAAGACGCUGGAGAGUGACCCAGAGUUGGAGGUGGUGGUCAUCCUAGAGGGCAUGGUGGAGGCCACAGCCAUGACCACGCAGUGCCGGAGCUCCUACCUGGCCUCUGAGAUCCUCUGGGGACACCGCUUCGAACCAGUGCUCUUUGAGAAGAAAGAUUGCUACCAGGUGGACUACUCGUUUUUCCAUCGCACAUAUGAGAUCUCCAGCACACCUUCCUGCAGUGCAAAGGAGUUGGCAGAGCACAAGUACAUCCAAGGCUCACGGUCAUCAUUCUGCUACGAGAACGAAGUGGCUCUGCAGCUCGUCUCCCCAAACGAUGAUCCUGACCGUGACCCCAAAUGCCCCUCCCCUCCGACCCGACGGCCCUCUGACUCACAGCAUCCCCAUAACAACUGA